AUGCGUUCUACCACUCUCGUCUCCGUCCUCGCCCUCUCCGUGGCAACACUCGUCCAAGCAACUCCCCAUGGCUCGUCUCUUCAAGCCCGCACUUAUCCCCCAACCAAUGCUCCAGACCCACAAGCAUGUACUAAUGCUGGCGGACAAAUCUCUUGCUGCAACGCCAAAUACGGCGACGAAUUAAACGGCAGUGUUUUAAUUCAAAUGCCACUCUUGGGGCCUCUGUUGAGUUUGAUAUAUGGAGUCACUGUCAACUUGAGCAUUUUGCCCGUCAACACCAAGGCUAUCGGAAUUGGAUGCACAGGCGUCCUUGGAUCUGGAGGUAGUUGUGGAAAACAAACAGCCGUAUGCUGUAUGUCCCGCGCCACCGCGCAAGCUUCGCACCAAGAUCCAGCUCUCAUCUCUAUUCUCAACGGUCCGAUCAAUGUUCUACAGGUCUCCUGCCCUGUUGUCGCUGGUGGACUCCUUGGCGCUUGA